AUGAGUGAUAAAGACGAGUUCAACGUUGCCGCAAACAUAAUAGUACCUAUUGAGAACCCCGAAAGUUCUCGAAGUAUAGCUGACAUUCAAAAUAAGGAGAAAAUGGCUCACAUGGAACAAGAACUCGAGAUCUUGAGGGAAGAAUUGCGUCAAGUGCGAGACUUAGCCAAACUAUCUGCGACCACUUUCCCUACUUUUAAGACACCUAUCUACUUCCUAAAGGCUGACUUGCCUUCUGCUGACUUACCAAAUCAGCCAGAACUGACUCAACACGCUCCUACUCAUGGUCGAGUUCCACCAGCUUCUCCAACCGCGAUACUUGGGGCACAUGUCGCCGCUCCCUAUGAGACACAUGUUCCACCCGUAUAUGCCGCUAGGGCUCCUACCUUCACUAUGCCAGCUGUGGUUAAUGUCCCAUACGAGGUCGAUCAAUAUGAAGAAAUGGAGAAAGAUGCUCGGCUGAAAGAAGAUGCAUCUAUAAAUGCCCAGCUUCAGGGCCUAAGAAAAGCAUUGAAAAGCUUACAAGUCACUAGAGGGACAGAGAGUUUGGAUUAUGAUGAAUUGUGCAUCCAUCCAGACAUUGACCUGCUGGUAGGGUACAAACCACUGAAGUUUGACAUGUUUGACGGAAAGGGUGAUCCUCACGCACAUUUAAGGGCAUACUGUGACAAGUUAGUCGGUGUAGAGAGAAAUGAGAAGUUGAGGAUGAAGUUGUUCAUUCAGAGUCUGUCUGGAGAAGCAUUAACUUGGUAUACCCGCCAAGACCCUAGCAAAUGGCGUGACUGGCAGGAAAUGGCCGAGGACUUCAUGACUCGUUUCAGAUUCAAUACUGAAAUUACUGCUGACAGAUUCUCAUUGGCCAAUAUACAGAAGAAGCCAUCUGAGAAUUUCCAGGAAUAUGCACGACGUUGGAGAACUGAGGCCGCGAGGGUGCAACCACCACUAGAUGAGAGUGAGCUCUCGAAGUACUUUAUUCGAGCUCAAGAAGGUAUCUACUUUGACAAGAUGAUGUCAAUGAUGGGUCAGAAGUUUGCAGAAUUAGUCAAGAUGGGAGACUUUAUAGAGGAAUGUGUUAAAUCUGGGAAGAUUCAGUCUAUGGUCGCAUUGCAAGCUGCAAUGUAUAAUACCCAACCACACUAUAACCCACCCCGAGCACCAGCAUACCAAAACCCUCCAAGACCAUAUGUCCCUGUCCAAGCACCAAUUCACCAAAAUAGACCAGCAUAUGCACCGAGACCACGUCCAAAUCCUGAAACUAGAAAUGCUCGCGCUUACACACCGAUUGUUGAACCCUAUGCUCAAUUGUUUGAGAGGUUGAGGACAGCGAGAGUGCUGCAACCAGUUGAAGGAAAACUUCCUGAUCCAAUCCCUCAUAAUUUUGAUGGGAACAAGAGAUGUGCUUACCACUCGGGAGUCCAGAGACACGACACAGAAGAUUGUUAUGGUUUGAAGAACCAGAUCGAGUCUUUGAUCAGGAGAGGAGUAAUCAAAUGCACUCUGGCACCUCCCAAUGUGAACAACAAUCCCUUGCCAAACCAUGAGAAUUUGGAAGUCAACAUGGUUACUCUGGAUGACGAAUAUGGGACCCCCGACUAUCCAAACAUAGAUGAAGCGGAUGCCAUGACAUCUUCGGCGCAACCUGUUAUCAUUGUUCAACUAAGGGAACCUCUGACUGUCCAAACAUAUCUCCCAAGAGUUGUAGUGACCACUCUAAUUGCUAAGAAGCCUGAGUAUGACACCAAAGCAGUCCCUUGGGACUAUCGAGCAAGUGCCAAGGGCAAGAUGAUCGACACUGCCGUGGCUUAA